GUUUUUCUUCACCCUGAGUCCCGGACUACCAUGUUUCCUUAUUUCUGUUUCUUGUUUUUGUGGUAGAGUUUCGAUGAGUAGAAGAGUUUGCUUCAUUCAUUUUAUUUCAGAUUUUGUUGGGAAGAAUCAACAAUGGCUGGAGGUGAGAUUGUUGCAGGGGCAGCUCUAGGACUACCGUUUAAUAUCCUGUAUGAUGUGAUCAAGGAAGUGAUGACCAAGACUACAAUGUUCAAACCCCUUCUCGGAGAUCUUAGCUCCACCAUGGAGAACUUGCAUCCAGUGAUCAAUGACAUAGCCAAGCACAACAAGGACUUGGGACGUCCAGAGGAGGAACUACAGAGUUUCAAAAAGCAAAUGGAGAAUGGGGCUGAGCUUGUUCGAAAGUGCUCCAAGGUUGGUUUAUGGAGAAGCUACAAGAAAUAUGGAUAUGCCAAUAAGCUGAUGGAGUUGGACAAAUCUCUCAAUAGACUAUUAGCUAUACUCGGCGUGCAGGGUAUAAGAACCGGGAUGGAAACGUUGGUGGUGGUGAAGGAAACAUUGACUACAGUGAAGAGAAUUGAAGACAAUGGUGCUGGUACAGAAGAGAAAAUUGUGGUGCAUAAUCUGAUGGAGUUUCAGAAGGGAAAGCUUAUUGGGACAGGUCCAUAUGGACCUCGUUAUGUUGGAAGCAAUAGGGUAACUGGAGCUUUAUGUUCAAUGAAGGAAGUUGAAUUAUCUCCCAAUGGCUCAAUUUCUGCAAAACAAUUAGAAAUGGAAAUUGGAAUGCUCAGCACCCUUAAGCAUUCUAACAUUGUGGAGUAUUAUGGAAGCCAAAUGGUAGACAAUCAAUUUUAUAUAUAUCAGGAGUAUGUCCAUCCUGGCUCUUUGAGCAAAUAUAUGAAUGAACGUUAUGGAGUCAUAACAGAAUCUAUUGUUCGUAAUUUUACUCGCCAGAUAGUGACCGGGCUGGCUUACAUGCACAGCAAAUACAUAGCACACAGGAGUAUCAAAGGUGCCAAUCUGCUCGUUGAUACUUGUGGGGUUGUCAAGCUAGCUGAUUUCGCGAUGGCGCAACAGCUUCCAGGACAUGAGCGAACAAUUUCUUUAGAGAGAAGUCCACACUGGAUGCCUCCAGAGGUCAUUUUUUCUGUACUACAUGACCAUCUUGCUGCUGAUAUUUGGAGUUUGGGUUGCACAGUCAUAGAAAUGCUCACCGGAAGACCUCCUUGGAGCGAGCACGGAAGUGUAAGCAGAAUAUUCAUUCAACUAUAUACUACUUGUUACAUUAUUGUGUUUCAAUAGUUGAUGUUGCAAUUACUGUAGUAACUGAUCAGAUGCUGCUCCUGCUGUAAGGGUUAUAUACCCCAAUAGAGUUUGGUAAAAUGAUGCUUCUUCAGUGUAAUGUAUAGCUUAGUCACAUUGCAUUCUGGAACUGCUACCAGGACGAGUUUAGUGUAACACAGUUUGCAAUACGUUUAGAUGUCCCUAUGUUAUCUAAAUGAGUAAUG